AUGGCGACUGGUGAAAGGCGAUCAAAUCUCAGGUUGCUCAGGACGUCAUUGAUUCUGGACGAAGGCGACACGCGCACGACCCGCCAUGGAGACUGUCUCAGACUGCGUACUUACGAAGCGGGAACAGUGUUCAGGGGCGCUGACCUGCAUCCCCUUCUCGGAACUGCAGAGCGCAUCAAAUUUCGCGUGAUUGCUCUGCAGGAGACCAAGUGCAGAAGGAGCGACGCACGACAGAUGAAUGACGGUACACUCGUCAUUUGUGGAGAGAAGGUUCCGUCGCGAAAUGUAGGCGGUGUUGGUUUUGUUGUGCACCCAUCUGCCGUCCAUCUCGUCGAUUCUCACGAGAUCCUGUCACCUCGUCUGGCCAUUCUUCGCCUCCGCCCUCUGCCCAAAAAAUCCAUCAGUAUCAUCAACUGCAACUCACCAACAUCAGCAGCUGAUGAUUCCGAAUUGGACACGUUUUACGAGGAGCUGGAGGAAGUAAUCCGCAACAAGAAGUCCUUUUACAAAUUCGUUGUCGGAGACUUCAACGCAAAACUAGGAAAGGCCACAGAAAAGGAAUACAGGAUCGGAAGAUUUGGACUUGGGACCGGAAUGAAAAUGGCAAUCGUGUAG